AUGAGUCCAUGUACUAGAAGCAAGUCAGCUAGAGAUCUGAGCAAGUCUAUUAUUUCUGAAUUACCGAUUGGUGCACUACAUAGAAUACUAGAACUUAUGCCCAUUAAAUAUGCUGCAAGAUCUAUCAUCUUAUCAAAACAUUGGAGACAGUUAUGGUUUACACAACCUAAUCUUGUGUUCGAUCCACUGUUUUUUCAGUAUGUAUCUAAUAAUAAGGAUUCUGCUGCAAGUGUAAUUCAUAAAAUUCUCUUGAAACAUACUGGAGAUAUUCUGGGAUUCCAUCUCAUCUCCGAGGCAGACACUUUAACACAGUCCGAUGUGAAUCAAUUCAUCAUCUUUGUCUCGAAUCAUGCUCUCAAGGUGUAUCUUUAUGCUGCCGGAUGGUACCCAAUUUCCCAACUUAUUAGCCUUCAGUUAGAACAUUCUAAAAUUGCCGGUCAUCGAGGAUUAGAAAACAACCUUAAUUUGCCAGUUCUCGAGACUAUGGAGUUGAUAUUUUGUGUUGAUUCUGUUUAUUUGGUUUCUCCAAAACUUGAGAACUUGUCUAUCAUUAGCAGCUAUACAAUUACGUUUUGGUGUUUUAGUGUGAACCCAAUCUUUACUAUCAUUAAGCACCUCUGCUUGAAUGGAACUUCCCUAGAGAAACUUUGCUCGGCGUAUGUGGAAGUCAAGCUUUGUCAACCACUAAAAUUGCAAAGCCUGAAAAUUUGUAACUUUAAGAUUUCACUUGAAAGUAUUGCUUGUGUAGUUUGCCUGCUUAGGAGUUCUCCCAACCUUUUUGAAAUUGAAAUAGACGAGGUUGUAAAGGUUGAUGAGACAUUGAAUCAGAGAACGGAGCUGUUAUCUUCCUAUUACUUAUCAACGAAAAAAGACUAUGUGAAUGAAGCUUUGAGAUUGAUUCAAACAAUGAGGUUGCGGAAAUUCAAGGGAUCAAUAACUGAAAUGUGCUUAUUAAGAGUCAUAUUUUCUCAUUCUCCAAACCUAGAGAGGAUGAUCAUUGAACAGUGCGAGAAAUUAGGAAAUGCAACAAACUAUAAGGAAAAAUUGAGGGAACAACUAAGCUGCAUUACUCGAGCAUCACCCAAAGCAAUAGUUGUCAAGUAUUUACAACCUGUUUUCCCAGUGGCGUAUUACGAUUUUUUUGUUUAA